UUUCCCCAUUUUCCUUCAUUCGCAUAUUUCCCUCAUCAAAAUCGAUUGCAUUUCUUAUGCCUACCUGCUGAAUAUUUGCACCGAGUGAAAAAAUGGGGAAAGCACCACCCCCGCUGUUGGACGAAAAGUACGAUCUGACCAAGUGCCAGAUGUACAACGAGAAGAACUCGUUCGCAUUCUGGAUUGUGAUGAUUUUGCUGUUCUCGCUGGCGCUGGGCAAUCUGUGCCUCACGCUGACCAUCACCGGGAUAUUGAAGAUCUACAAGGGCAUGGAAAACAUCGAGUUGAUCCAGGGCGAAGAGACGGUCAAAUUUUUCGGAAAUAUCGAUUUCGAUCGGCUGUACAAACGGGACGGCAAGUUGGAAGGAUUUCACGAGGAACCGAUGGAGAUAACAGGGGAGAAUGGACCUGUGUCGAUUAACCUGGUCAAUCGAAACGGACAUUCGCACAACAAAAUUCAUUUUUCCAAAAACGGAAGCCAACUAAAAGGCCUCAAUCACUUCGAGGUGAAAGACGCCGUUACGGGGCGACAGGUCUUUUCAACUUCUCGGCCUACGUACAACAUGCCGGAAGGGGCUGUGAUGUUGCACACCCAUCUGGUGAAUGCCGGCCGCAUUGCAUCUCCCAUCAACGAUACGCUCAAGUUCCAAACGCGCAACAAGUUUACCCUCAAAGGAACCGAGGGAACACGGAUGGAGGCGAAGGAAAUUUUCUGGACCGCCGACCAGAACAUCUUUCUCAAGUCGGACAACGGAAGCAUGGUGCUUUUUGGAGGCAAUGGAGUGUUCAUCAACGUUAACAGUCUUCCGAUCGUACAGAGCGAGCAUGGACCGAGAUCGGGAAGCGGCCAGUUCAAGCUGUGUAUUUGCUAUCCACAGGGAAGAAUCUUCCGCGUUCCGGUUCCGAAGUCGCACAAUAUGAGAGUGAAUUGCGCUCAUUUCGGUGGACGUGUCGAUCCGUGCGCUUGAAGCCGAAUUGAUCUGUUAUACACUACUACUGUAGUUGACUAAACGAGUAGGAAAUAAUUUAGGAUUAAGUCGUAACGUAACAUAUAUAACAUAUCUCUUGCAAUACUCAUAAGGAAUAAUCACGUAGUGCACUAGUUCGAAUCGAAAUAAAA